AUGACCGAGCCAGAGAACUUCGAGGACGAUCUCUUCGCCGAUCUCUACGACGAUAACGAUGCUCCAAAGCCCGCGCCUGCCCCUGUUGCAGCUCCUGCAGCUCCCCCUGCCCCAGAGGUGCAACCUCCUACUAACACCCACGACAACGACGACCACAAUGCUACUUAUCAACCUCAAGACGCAGGAGGUGAUGAACAGAUGACUCAGGAUCAAGAUGAUGAUGACGAUGAUGUUGAUUUCAAUCUUGGCGGAGGGGGAGGCUAUGGCAGUCACACAGGCCAGUCUGGCAUGCAUGAUGAUGCUCAAACACCUCCCUAUGGAACGGUUCACAAGGCAAGUGCCAAAGAAGAUGGUAAAAUGUUCAUUGGUGGUCUCAACUGGGAAACUACCGACCAAUCUCUAAGAGACUACUUUUCUCAAUUCGGCGAGGUCGUUGAGUGCACUGUCAUGAGAGACAGCAGCACAGGACGAUCGCGAGGAUUUGGGUUUCUCACAUUCAAGGAUGCCAAGACAGUCAACAUUGUGAUGGUCAAGGAGCAUUUCCUCGAUGGCAAGAUUAUCGAUCCUAAGCGAGCCAUUCCCCGAGAUGAACAAGAAAAGACCAGCAAGAUUUUUGUUGGUGGUGUCAGCCAGGAAACGACCGACCAGGAGUUCAAAGAAUACUUUGCCCAGUUCGGCCGUGUCGUUGACGCGACCCUUAUGAUGGAUAAAGAUACCGGCCGGCCACGAGGAUUCGGCUUUGUCACGUUUGAGAAUGAAGCUGGCGUCGAUGCCUGCAUCAACGUGCCGCUAGAGAUCCAUGGAAAGCCUAUUGAGGUCAAGAAGGCUCAGCCAAGAGGUAACCUUCGAGAAGAAGAGGAGGCUUCGCGACGUGGCAAGUUCAGAAAGGAUGGCGACCAGUCGAACCAAGGCUCUAUGGGCCAACAGAUGGGCAACAACAAUGGCAUGACACCUCAAGUCAUGGCCCAGUACUUCCAACGCAUGCAGCAAUACUUCACCAUGAUGCAAUCCCAGAUGGCAAUGAGCCGAGGAAUGCCCAUGAACCCAGCCAUGUGGCAGAACAUGAUGCAGAUGCAACAAAUGCAGCAGCAGAUGAUGGGUGGCCGAGGAGGCGGCGCCAACGGUCAAAACAUGAUGCAGAACAUGAACCCUCAGAUGGCACAGCAGAUGCAACAGCAAAUGCAGCAGAUGAUGCAACAACAGAGUCAACAAGGCGGCCAAGACGCUGGCUCCGGCAGUGCCAGUCCCACUGCAUCUGCCAACGGUGGUGCCGGCCGAGGAUAUGACAACAGCAACUUUAACCAAUACCAACAGCAACAGCAACAACCCCAGGGAGGUCGCCGCGGAGGACGCGGAGGUUACGGUGGCCAUGGAGGAGGCCAUGGAGGUUAUAACAUGGGAGGAGGCGGCGGAGCUCCAACUUCAUGGGAGGGCAUGUAUGAUGAUGUCCCCCAACCAAACAACCGCGCAGGCAGCGUUGGUGGAAGCUCUGAUCCUCAACAUGCACCACCGGCCAACGCACCGACCGGUCCCAAGAACGCCGGUAAACCGGGCGCCAACUACCGAGGUGGCGGACGAGGUGGCGGACGAGGUGGAAACCGCGGAUUUCACCCCUACUCGCGAUAG